CAUCUGAGAACCUAGCCAUUCCCAGAGUCAGAGAUGACAAGUCAAGGAUGUCGUCGGGGAAGGUCAAUGGAAGGGCAGAAGAGGAAGAGGAAGAAGAAGAGAGCGAGGAGGAAGAUGAAGAUGAAGAUGAUGAAGAUGAGGAAGAGGAAGAGGAAGAAGAGGAAUCCGAGGAAGAAGAAACCAUGCCUCAACCUCCUCCUCACGAAGAAGUGUAUGAGACGAAGAGCGAAGUCGAGGUUGCAGAACAGGCAGCGCCCAGAACACGCCAGGCAAAUGCACAGCCUGGCUCAUCCAAGCAGCCAGAGCAGCCGCCUCCGCAGGCCGCCACAGCCUCGCCUCCGGAGGCCAAAUUACAGGACGCCCUGGGAUCGAAUUUCCCGCCUGCCGAGGAAAAGCCCAAGGAGCCGAGAGAAGCCCCUGCGCCGGCGAAAGAGCCGAUUAAAGCCCAAGACGCGGCGGAGGAGAAGACGGAGGCUCCUGCAGAGGAGGAAAGGACCAUCUCGCCUCCUCCUCGGAGGUCCCGCUUCGUCCAAGAGCUCUACAAGGGGGAGGGGAAGACGGAGGCUCCUGCAGAGGAGGAAACUAUCAGUUCGUCUCCUCGGAGGAGGUCCCGCUUCGUCCAAGAGCUCUACAAGGGGGAGGGGAAGACGGAGGCUCCUGCAGAGGAGGAAACUAUUAGUUCGUCUCCUCGGAGGAGGUCCCGCUUCGUCCAAGAGCUCUACAAGGGGGAGGAGAAGACGGAGGCUCCUGCAGAGGAGGAAAGGACCAGUUCGCCUCCUCGGAGGAGGUCCCGCUUCGUCCAAGAGCUCUACAAGGCUGGAUUCGGGGACAAGGAGGAGGAGCAGGAGGGCGUCCAGAACAGCGCGGAGGACGCCAGGAACGAGGACGGAGGCCCGAAGGACACGAGCGCCGGCGUGAUCACCACACUCCAGAUCGACAUCGAACCGGAGCCGCAGCAAGUUCGGAAGCAGGAGGUCCUGAACCGCGAACCCGAUUCCCUCUUGACGAAAACCAUCGACUACCCGAGCUUCGAGUCGAACUUGAAAGAGGAGAAGGAGGACAAGCAGUCCGUGAUGGACGGGAAAGAUAGCGAAUGUAACGAAGAAGGCCAUGGACAAGGCGAAGAAGGAGAGGAAGGGAAAAUGAAUGAAGAUGCCAUUGAGGAAAACGAGAAGGAGGACAUUAUUACCCCACUGCCGAAUGACACUUGGCGGGAAAAUGAAGACGACACUAACACCGUCGCAUCUUCUUCUGCCGCCGAUGAGAAGGAACGAGAACUGCCAUGGUGGGAACAGACAGAAGAGGAGGAUACGAACCAGGAUUCGGGUUCAGUGUGGUGGGAACAGCAGCGAAAUGAAGACGAAGUAGAACAGGGGGAGGAGGUCCCAUGGUGGGAACGGCCGGCUGUUAAGGAGCCCGUUCAGAAUGACUCGGGAAUGUGGUGGGAAAAGGAGCAUGACGAUCAGCAAAAGGACGAGAUAAUGCUGUGGCAACGGUCUAUCGAACCCGUCCAGCCAGACCCAAAGAUCUUGAAGGCCAAGGAAGAGGAUGACCAAGAUAAGGACGACCUUCCAUGGUGGGAGAAGCGGGAAAUGACAAGGGAUUGGAGUCCAGUUGGUUCCCCAGUUUUCAAAAAGGACAUCGUUGAAAAUAUGGGCAACAACGAGGCAAAUGAAGAAUGGUGGAAAAAAUGGGACACGCGAGCUGAGCCCUGCACAGUUAGCAUCACCAAGUUGAGGGAAAAGGCGCGACAUGCUACCCCGUGGUGGGCGGCGGCCGAUGCGUCAGAGCCAACGGAUGAAAAGGACGAGAAUUCUUUAUGGUGGGACCAAGAUGGUACCACCGACAAGAGUCCAGCAAUACCCGAAGCUCCCCCAAUGCCCGGCGUCCCCCCUCCUCCCCCGCCCAUGCCCGGUAUGCCCCCACCUCCGCCCCCACCGAUGCCCGGAAUGGUUCCCGGCGAGAAGAAGAUCUCGGAGGCCAAGAAGUUCAAACUGGACCAAAUCAAGCGGGCGGCGAGGACCAGGCCGGAUUGGAACACCUUGCUGAAGAAUAUUGAGGGCGGCGUGAAACUCAAGCACUUGUCUCCCUUCGAGAAGACUGACAGGUCCAAGCCCAUUUUGCCUUCGUCCCGCGGCAAAGGAGGAAAGUUCGUGUACGAGUCGGAGAAGCCCCUCGCCCACAACGAACUCCUGCGGGAGAUCCACAGGGGCGUCAGACUCCGGAAGGCCAGGACGGACGACAGAAGCAGACCGGAUUUCAAAGCUCUAGGCCUCAAGAAGCUGCGUCGGCAGCGGACCAUGGAGGAGGUGAAGGACCCGAUGGAGGCGAUGCCGUCGUCCUCCGACGAAGAGGAGGACAUCGACACCAUGAGGGACGACCUCCAGGCCACCAAGAGCCAACUCGCUGAUGAGAUCAAGCAAAGGAAGAAGAUCGAGCGCGAAAACAAGAUUUUAAAGAUCGACAUCGAGAGCUUGCAAGCGGAGGUGAAGAAGCUGAAGCGUCAGCUGAAGGAGGCGGGCGCGGUGGAGCCGAAGCCCCUGAAGAGCAGCGAGGCGGAGGAAAUCGUGCCCAAGCUCGAGAAAUCCAUGAGCAAGUUGCGCAUGCGCGAGGACGACCUCGACUUCACCGAGCUGGACACACUGGAGACAGAGAUCAACAACCUGAAGCGGGAGGUCGACUUCCACAAGAAGCAAGCUGAGGAUUACCUCACGCGGUACGACGAGGUCACGCAGAAGCUCAUCGUCUCCGAGAACAGCGCGGAUGAGUGGGAGCUGCGAGGCAAUUACUACGAGAAGAAGUACAAGGCCUUGCAGAAGGAGCACAACAUCGAACUGCCGGACAUCGACACCAUCGGCACGCAGACGGACCCCGUGGACUUCGUGGAGGCGCCGCCGUCGUCCCCCGUGGACGACGACGACGACGACGCGGACGAUGCCGCGGCCUUCCCCGUGCCGUCCAAGUCAGGCUCGCGAAGGAGCUUUGCGUCCUCCGUCCACAGGAUGGAGAGCUUCAAGGAGGAAGAUGAGGAGGAGGACGAGGACGAAGAUGAGGAAGACGAGGAAGAGGAAGAAGAGGAAGAGGAGGAGGAAGAAGAGGAAGAAGAGGAGGAGGAAGAGGAAGCAGAAGAGGAAGGAGAGGAGGUCGACGAAGAAACGGCAGCGGAGAGAAGAGCCGAGAAUGCACAGAAGAAGAAGGACAGAGACCUGAAGCUGUGGCAGAACAAGCUGGAACACAUGAAGGACCGCGAGACGAACAUUCGCAAGGAGAGGAACAGCCUGAGGGAAAGAAUAAAGAAAUACUUCCGCGACAUCCAGGCCGAGAGAGAAGGCUACAUGAAGAUCAAGGCGGAAAUCGACGAGAUGGCGAAGGCAAUGAAGGAAGGCGUCGAGAGCGAGCCAGAGUCAGAGGAGGACGACGAGGAAGAGGAGGAGGAGGAGGAGGAGGAGGGAGCGCCGCCAGCAGACCACGAAGACAACGCCGGCUGGUGGUUCGACGAGCCCAACCAGAAGCCAAAGAAGCUGAAGAAGAGAAAGAAGAAGAACAACCGCGGAGAAGAGAGGGAAGAAGAGGAGAUGGUGGACUUAUCGCAACUCGUGGAGCCGGAAUGGAGCGACAGCGAAGAGGAGGAGAGUGAGAGCGACAACGAGGAGAACGAAUUCGAGAGCAGAAUAUCCUGCCUGCAGGAUCGGACGAGGAAGCACGAGCUGUGCAUGAACGCCAUGAAGAAGGACAACUACGUGCUGAAGGCGCAGGUGGAGCGGUGCGAGGAGAUGUUCGACGUGGAGAAGAGACGACACAAGCGGCUGAAUGAGGAACUUCACAUCAUGUUGUCGGAACUCUCGUAGCCUUCGUCCCCUUCGUUCUGAUUUUUUUUUUUAGGUUUCUCACUUUGCCUUAGUCUUUAUUUCUCCAUCUUUUUCUCUCUAGGAUAUGUAAUAAAUGACUCAAAUUUUUAUUUUAGAUUUGUAAGUAGAGAGUAUAAAUGCUUCUUCGUUUUGUUGUUGUGAAUAUGAACUGGUUAUAUGAACGACGAUGCGAAUGCGUAUUACAUUUUUUUAGUAUAAGCAAAUGUCUGCUUUGUUCUCCACCGUGUGGCAGCUUCAUAUUGAGUGCAGAUAUUGUAACUUUUAAAUAGCAUUAGUCUUUUUAUCAUAUGCAUUCUGCUACAUUUACUGUAUUUGGAAACAAAAAUAAAACUCCCUUCUUCCCUUAUUUGCAGUAAUAAAAAUGCUAAACAGACACGCCUGAGCAUAUUAAAAUGGAAGAGAAAUUUAGGUAAUGUGAGAAAUUGAUAAAACAAAGAGUAUACCGAGUGUAAUACAAGGAUGCAUGCUCGAACAGAACACCCUAAGAAUCACGCAGGUGUCCUUCAUAGGUUCUGCAACAGCAUCCAUGGGACCAAGGCAAGGCAGACCGUGAUAGCUGUUGCAAUUCUCCAGAACUUGGUUAUUUCUGCCAUUUUAUUGGAAUUAUUUGUUCCAUUUUAUUACAUUAUUUGGAAUGUGUUUUUUUCUUCUUGUGUGGCAAGAACAAUGGUCGGUUAAAAGAAGGUAAUCGAAAUAUCCUUUGUAUUUCAUACAUCUUUAUCAUUAUUUACUUAUUCUUCAAAUAUGACAAGCGAAGUAGCUCAUUCCCAAAAGAAGAGAAAUCAAAUCAUGACAUCGAAUCUAUUACUUUUCAUGUUUGUUUUUUUUCUGAUUAUAGAAGUAUGCAUCAUCAUCAUUCUUCCUUCCUUCUUUUCCACUUCUCUUCUCUCUUCCAAGAACAGCUUCUCUCUAAAAACGAAUUGAGUGUAUUGUGUCCUGUUGUCCGAUAGCGUCUAACCAAUGUCAAUCUCUGAAGGUGCGUCUCACUGCCACCUCCCCCAGCGGGAAUUGGUCGGCCGGCAAUUCAAUACUUUGUGUGUAGAGGCACUAGAAGCCUUUUCAGAUUUUUAAAAAGUUUAAUAUGCAUGACAUUUUACAACUAAAAUAGAUUAUGAAUCUAAUAAAUUAUGGCAGGAUCAUA